AGAAAAUAGAAAAUGUACGAAACUCAAAAUCCCCAUGGUUUCACCGACAUGCUCCGUCCGCCAUCUGCGAAUCUGCUGGCGAAGGAGCACCGUCAGUCCUUCCCUGCUCUCGUCAAUUUUUUAUCCAAUUAUUUUGUCCUAUUUUUAUUGCAAAUCUCCCUUUUCUAUCCAAGAGAUUUGUUUGUCAAGCCCCUCACGCAGCGUCAACGUCGGGAUUCGCCAUCGAUGCUGGCGACUGCAGAUAGGAGCCCACUCUCCGUCAGGUGUUCUACUAUGCAUGUGUUUCAAAUUGUCAAAUCAUCUAAGCCGCCCCUCCCUUGUUUUGUUUUCAGCUGUGGACAAGAAAUUUGGGAUGAACUUGAAAAGAAAUAUAAAGAAUCCCAAGAAAAGGAGAUUGCCGCUCCAAAUGCUCAAAGUCUUAAUGAUCAGGUAGUGGCAGAUCAUGAGUAUACCUCAAUAACCAAUGAGGAGGUAUAUCUUUCUCCUUCUAGUUAA